GUCCCUGGAGCGCAUGUGGGAGCGCACGUGGCAGCUCCAGAGCGACCCCGAGGCCGAGGCGCCGCGAGGCCUGCUCUACGUGUGCCUCGGCGUGCUGCUCCGGCACCCGCUGGUGGACGGCUGGCGCGAGGUCGUCCAGGACAGGAUGGCCAAGUGGGAGCAGGAGUGGACGUCUGCGACGCAG